CGCUUUCCUCUCUCCCGCGGCGUCGGCGUCGGCGGCGGCGGCGGAGCUCAUCAUUGAUUGAUUGAUUGGCUAGGGUUUCUCCCUCCCUGCCUCCGCGCUCGCCUCGUGCCACCCCCACCAACACCGCGGCCAUGGUGUCGCCGCACCCGCUCAGCUGGGCCGAUGCGCCGCCCUACCACUACCACGGCACAACCCAGCCCCCGCCCGCGCCCGCAAAGGAGGACGGCGGCGCAGUUGCAAGGGCAGGAGCAGGACAAGACGAGGGGGCGCGCUCGCUCUGGAUCGGCGGCCUCCUGCACUGGAUGAACGAGGACUACCUCUACGCCUGCUUCACCUACUCGCCCGAGCUCCUUUCCCUUGUCGUAAAGCGGAGCAAGCAUACUGGCCAGUCGGAGGGUUUUGGCUUUCUCAGAUUUAACGACCAUGCUACUGCCACUCGCAUUCUCAAGAGCUACAAUGGUCAGAAGAUGCCUAACGCUGAUCAAGAUUUCAACCUCAACUGGGCCGCUCAGUCAUAUGCUCCUAACAAACUUCCUGAUCAAGAUUCCAAGCUCGACUGGGCCACGCAGCAGGAUGGGCACACUAAUGACACUGCUGCUGCUUCUGAGCAUGUCAUAUUUGUUGGGGACUUGGCCUAUGAUGUUACUGAAUACAUGCUACACCAUCUGUUCAAGAGUCGAUAUCCAUCGGUCAAGAGUGCAAAAGUUAUCUUUGACAAGCUUACUGGCCGCUCAAAAGGCUAUGGCUUUGUUCGCUUUGGAGAUGCCAAUGAGCACGUACAAGCAAUGACAGAAAUGAAUGGGGCAUACUGUUCUACCAGGCCUAUGCGAAUUGGGCCUGCUCCCAACAAGAAAUAUUUUGACCACAGCACACAAGGAACUGAUUCUUAUCACGAUCCAAACAAUUCAAGACUGUUUGUUGGGUCCCUUGAUCAAAGCAUCACAGAUGAUGAUCUACUGCGGGCCUUUAGUCCAUACGGAGAGCUUGUUAAUGUCAGAGUACUACCGGGCAAGGCAUGCGGCUUUGUCACAUACUCAAACAGGGCAUCAGCAGAGGAGGCCAUGAGAAUGCUAAAUGGGAGUCAGCUGGGAGGUAACAACUUGAGACUCACAUGGGGUCGUCGUUCUGGUAACAAGCAGGAUCCGCGAAAUGGUGGCCAGCAUGGACGCCCCAAAUGCAUUGAUCCUUCUAGCUUCGGUUGGUCUCCACAGGAUCCAUAUGCUUAUGCUCAGACAGGCCAUCCAGGAUAUGGAUAUUACCGACAUCAGCUGCCCACAGUACAGUGAGAUCACCAUGUGAAGGAACAUCACAAGGAACAGCAUGUAGAGAGAUUUUUGGUCCAUGAACUCGGAAGAACUUCCUCUCCUUUUUGGAAAUAUAGCUUUCUUCCUUAGUUGCGCUCCCAUGAGAAAUAGCUCCGUAUCCCAGCACGGAAGCCCCCCUGCGAUGCCUGGGACUAAGAGUUUUUACAGACGUCGAGAAUUUAGCCCCCUUUAACCUGUUGGAUUGGCUGAAUUUUGGUAGCUUAACUCGGGUUCAGAGUGACUUGUCAGCUGAGGCUGUAGACGACAUUACAUUGUGGUUACCUUUUACUGGCUAAAUCGCACUUGUGAUGGUGUUUCUGAAAUAGUUCCGGGUGCUCUACUUGUCUUAUUUGAACAUUUAAUUUUCUA